CCUUCGUUAUUCGCAGGGCGACCAACAGUAGCGAGUCAGACUCACACGGAGAGCGAUGGAGGGAGAAGGCAGGGUUUCGUGGAUGAAAUACGGGCCCCUUGUGUCCCUGUUUGUAGUUUUGUUGGCCGUCUGGUUCCGGUCACCUCAUGACGCAGUCCUGGGCGACCGGCUAGACACCGUCCUGUCCUCUCUGCUGCGGGCAGAGGGGAAAGUCGGGAUGGAUAACGUCGCCAAACCGAAAGUGGCGAUUGGUUUUGGAGGUUGUGUUGACCUGAUAGUGGAUGGGGUUACCCUGCUUAAUAAGAUUGGCCUCCCUCCUACUGACCAGCCCCUACACCAUGACUACAUCGAAAAUGAAGUGCAGUUGGCUGAGAGCUUUGCCUACUUCUUUGCACCGGGAGCCGCUGCAGAGCGUUUUGUGCUGAAUGAUACCCUAUUCAGUGAGCUGGUCGAAGCGUCCCGUGACCUACCUGGAAACAGAUGGGCAGUAGGUGGCAAUGCCCCAGUAAUGGCUGGUCGCAUGGCAACCGAGGGAUGUGAUAUUUUGCUAGGGGGAAGUUUCAGCCCCGAUUUUACUGAUGUCCUGUCACCGCACAUUACAGUGGCAGGUAACAUCGUUGAGGAGCCAGACAUCCAUCUGAUCCUGGAGUAUCCAUCUGGUGCUAGCUGGGGUCACUAUACCUCUCGUAGAGCCAACAGAUAUAUCGUCCAUAGCGAUGACCAUAACCCCUACCUGGACUCCAUGGCAGAGUUUGCUGAGAAACUCCAAGACUUCAACCCAGAUUUACUGGUGGUGGGUGGGCUGCAGAUGAUGGAUAACUUCCCGUUCCAGGCUGGUGAGCGGGACGCUCUCUUCUCCCGCCUGUCGGACCUUCUGUCCUCCUCGUCUCCAACGAUUGGAGUCCAUUUUGAGAUGGCCAGUUUUGUAGAAGAGAGUAUAAUGGAAGAUCUACUUCACUAUGUCAUUCCCCACGCGGACUCUUUAGGCAUGAAUGAACAGGAGCUUCCCAACUUGCUCAGCCUGCUUAAAGGCUCCAACAUCACCGUGUUGUCGGACCCAAACCCUCGUGUAGCUACUGUUCUUGACCAGAUGAGGGAGGUCUACCGUCUUGUGAACCACCGCUCCAAGAAUGGCAGUGAACAAAGUGACACAAAUGGUGCUAAAGCUAAGCCGCUGACUCGGCUCCAUGUCCACACGCUGGCCUUUCAGGCCAUGAUUGUGACACGCGGCUCCCAGUGGAAGAACACCAUGUCAGCCACCGCCAAGGCCUCUCUCACGGCGAACCGCCAUGUCUGUGGCUCUAACGACAUUGACCCCAGCAAGGCAAGGCUCAUCAUGGACGACUCCUUCUCUGUUAGCCGGAGGGAAGGCAGCCAGCGUAUCCCUCUGCAGGAGACCAGGCCGGUCAGCUGCUGGGAUGAGGACAACUACGAGAUCUGUGUAGCACCAGUGCUGGUGUGCACUGAGGUUUACCAAACUGCAGGUGGAGGAGACAACAUCUCCGCUGCUGGCCUGGUGCUGCAGAUCUAGAGACGUACACUACAUGGUCUAUCUGUGUGAAGUGCUAACUACAUGUUGGCAACAAUGUGACUCUGGAAAUGUGACGCAAACACGGGCUAUUGCUGACACUGUCAGCUCAUAUCCCAAGGGGACCAUAAGGAAAACGUAUAAUCAUUCGAAGGAGUCAUAUGGUGGGAUGCAUUGGUUAUUAAUCAGGUAAAUCACCAAACCUUAAGUACAUGGGCUUAGUGCAAAGAUCAUCCAGUUUAUUUGAUGUUUAGAACCAAAACUUCAGAAAAGAUACUGCCCUUCUCUGCCCUACUUUGAUUCAACACACCAAACAUCUUAUAUAUAUAUAUAUAUAUAUAUAUAUA